UGCGCCUUGAUGGAAAAUGAAAAAGAGGUGAUUGAGGGGUUGGAGAAGGUAGCCAUAGGAGAGGCGACCAUGGAGGAGGAGAAGGAGGUGGUUGCAGAGGAAAGCCAUCUCAAACACUCCAAAACCGUUGAUCUGCUUCGGAAAUUUCUAGCAGUUCAGCAGCGAAGAGCUGAAGCUUAUGCAAAGUUACGAAGGGGGUUUUCUGAAUAUAUGGGUGGAGGCAGCGACGUAGCCUACCAACAACUUUGCAGUGAGAUCACAGUAGAAUUCAAUGAUUGCUCAAAACAAGCCCUCGAAAUGGAAUCUCAAUUUUUGAACCCUGAUUUCUGCCGAGAUGAUCUGGCUCGCCUAUUGAGAGAUGUUCAGACGCAGGAAAAGCAAAAAUUGCAUCUGACAGCUACAAUUCAGAUUUUAAAGAAGGCUGGCCGUCCCUCGGAGCGACUGGUGACCCAUGAGCACUGCAGAUCUAGCAACCCAGCAAAGCAUGAGUGUGUGCAUGUCCAUGAAAUAACGGAAGCUGCAGGAACUGAGGACGCUGAGGCAGAUGCAGAGUAUGACAGUGCCCUCAAUGAAGCCAUCAGAGGGGUGCAGGAUGCAGUGACAAACAUAAAUGAACAUCUAGAGGAAGUCAGAUAUGAGAUUGAGGCACUUGAAGCUGAGUAAUCUUUCAACCCACAUAUUUGGUUUAGAUUGCUUAACUGGGGAGCUUAAGUUGUACAUGCCUAAUAUUAUGCAUAUUAAUUUGUUGGACAAAGGUUUUCUA